CAUCGGAUGUUGGAUUUGGAAGUACUUAUCAGUACUGAGAUCAACCAUUUUAUAGACCCCGUCCUAUUGUUGACAAUUCACUUUCACGACUCGUCAGGCACAAGCCAAAACAAGAUUUUCCCGAAGGGUCGCAAAGUUUCUGUCGAACUUUUUUCUUUCGAACCGCAAAAAUCAUGACUUCGAUUUUACCUUCUGUUACUCUUUCCACGUCGAAAAGGAUGCUGGCUUGCACUGUUCAGCUACGGCGUACUGUAGCUAGCACUAGAUCCAUAGCACACCUCUCUUCCUCUUCUAGUGCCGGUGGAAUUUAUUCUUCCUCCAUCUCUCGGAUAUCCAGACUGUGCUCGGCGCGUCCAAUAGUAGCAUCAUCAGUAUUAUCACAGACCACAUCUCAGAUAAUGGUAUCUCCGAAACAUCGAAAGUUCCGAAGCAGUAGCCUGCAACAAUUAUCUCAACGGGAGGAGGAAAUGAAGGACGAAUAUGGCGAAAUGACAGACGAAGGAGAAACCUUUACCAAAAAUGAUUUCAUCCUUGAGAAUGGAACCGUUUUGCCGAAGGCCGAAUUGCGAUACCAAACGUAUGGAGAACUCAACGAGACCAAAGAUAACGUUAUUGUUGUGUGCCAUGCUUUAACAGGAAAUGCGAGCUUGCAUUCAUGGUGGGGCGGUUUACUUGGUGACGACAAAGCUUUUGAUACUUCGAAAUACUUCAUUGUAUGUUGUAAUAUUUUGGGGAGCUGUUACGGUUCAACCAAUCCUCAAUCAACAAACCCCAGAACGAACGCCCGAUAUGGAAAAGACUUUCCCGAUAUUUCCGUGAAAGACACAGUCAAAUUGCAGCUAAAUCUUGUGAAGGAAGAACUUGGUGCUAAGUCGAUAAAAUGUGUGAUAGGAGGUUCCUUCGGAGGUAUGCAGACCAUGGAGUUUGCGGUUCAAGGCGGUAUAUCGGGAGGAGAAUUUGUCUCAGAUGAUGGUAAGACAAUAGAAAUUUUCGCUUUAUGGAUUUGAAUAUUAUUUAUUUCAUCGGUCUGUUGUAAAAAUGAGUUCCCUUGUGUGCUGAAAGGGAGAGGUAGAAUGGACAACUGAUUUCUAUUGCACAAGGCCCUAAUGCGUUGCUUCACAUAACCAUUCAUUUUUCAAAAUAACGAACAAUUUGUUUUUAAUCUUCUUAAUGCAUUAUCCUCAGGGUCACCAUAUGUGCGCUCAGUUAUUCCAAUCGCAUGUGGAGCAUCGCAUACGGCAUGGCAAAUUGCUAUAUCCGAAGUACAGCGUCAAGCAGUAUAUGCCGAUCCUGAAUGGGACUCCAAUCCAUUCAAUGCAACCAAAGGACUCGAGGUUGCACGGCAAAUGGGAAUGAUUAGUUAUAGGACUGCUCAUGGAUAUCGCAGUAAAUUCGGAAGGGACAUUCGCAACGACGAUGCCAACAAAUCUAUUCAUUAUGGAACAAACGCUUUAUGGCAGGUGAAGUCCUAUCUCGAAUACCAAGGGAUUAAAUUUAUUGAGCGUUUCGACCCUAUAACAUAUGUCAAAAUGACAGAGCAAAUGGAUUCUCACGAUGUAUCACGAGGCCGUGGGUCCUCUGUGGCAGAAGUACUCCAGCGCGUUGAGAUUCCGGCGUGUGUUUUGGGUAUCGAUAGUGAUGUCCUGUACCCUCUGUCUGAGCAAGAGGAACUUGUACAGAACAUGCCUAAUUCGAAGCUAGAAAUAAUUCACUCCGAUGAAGGACACGAUGGCUUUUUGCUCGAACAAGAGCAGGUGAAUCGCUGCAUCAUCGAUUUCCUUGCAAAGCAGAACAGCUGAAGUUUUUCUCCAGCAAUUGUUACCCGUAUCUGCGCUCUUCUCUUCACAUGAUGAUAAUCAUUUUUGAAAGCUUAUUUUUAAGCCUUUAAUCAACCGAUUUAGACCAA